UUUGAUGAUUCAGUAUACUUUGUUACAUUUUAUAUGGUUUUGCUGCUCGUUUCAAUAUGGCGAUGGUUAGUUGCCUAGUGCUUCGAAGGUCUCGUUGCUUAUCAUGAAUUUUCUGGCUUUCCUUUCCAUUUCUUUAUAUAAUUCAGAAACGAAGCCUUGAUAUUCAUAUGAUUAUCCGUAAGUGCAUACGAGUUAUGUAAUUAUGAGGCUCUGCAUCUGAUAAACAAAGGAUUUCAUCUGAAAGUCGUUCCGCUUAGACAGCACGAUAGAUUUGGCAAUUGCCGUCCUUCUAUCAGAGAGGAAUUGCUGCCAAGAAAUUUUCUUGUUAGUUGACUGCAUACCAGCCACGUUUAUAAAUAUUUCGCCAGACGAGAUUGAAAUUUCCUUUGAUGGUGUUGUUGGAUGCUUUAAUUUUUCAAUGCCGUUCAAACAUUUUAUCGAUCAUUAUAAUGAUCGUAUUACCGAAUGCAUAUAAAUAACAUUUUUAAAUUAAUGAGUUCCUUUUGGAAGUCAAAUGAACAAAGCUUAGCUUUUAUUAUAAUGACAGGAACAAAUAUUUAUGUUCCAUCUAGAUAGAAGAAUUCAAUUGAACAUAAUAAUUAAGAAUAUAUUUAAUAGAAUAUUCUUAAGACUAUAUCGUUAAGAAUAAUCUCAAUUAUUAUACGAACAAGAAUAAUUUUAUUGAAUUAGUAACAGAAUUUUAUAUGCAACAACUAUUGAACGUUAAGACACCUUAGUUCAUAAAUUAUAGAAAUUGGAGAUAAUGGCAGAAACACAAAGAAUGACUGUGUAUGGUAGACAUCCUCCUUGUGCUAGUGGAACUCGUUUAGAGGAACGUCGUGCUAGAAGAUUGGCCUUAAGAUUGGAAAGGAAUCGUAAGCCAGAUAAGCCAGAAGAUUUUGUCUGUUACGAAUCAAGCGACGACGAAACGGAAACUGUAAGCGAGGGAAAGCAAUUUUUAAGAACUUCUUUCAAUUUUGUGGAUUAUGUACGCGCGAGAGAAACAAACACCAGAGAAGUGCGAAAAAUUAAUCAAGAAUAUGGAUUUCGACACAUAUUGACUCAUGAUUUGUUUAAAGAAUAUUCUGUUAGUUUAAAUACUAUGAAUAAAGUCUUUUGCUCCCAAUGGUUAAGCGAUAGGCAAGUAGUAUUUGGUACAAAAUGCAACAAAUUAAUGGUUUAUGACGUAGCAACACAGAAAUUAGACCAAAUACCAUCUCUGCAUGGAAGGCAAAUUAAUUCUGGAGGUGGUGCUAUCCCUGAGCAACAGUGCGGUAUACAUUCUGUUCAAAUUAAUCCUUCAAGAACUCUUUUAUCAACCGGGGCAAGAAGUAGUAAUGAAAUAGCAAUAUACAGGCUACCGACCCUCGAUCCGGUUUGCGUAGGGGAAGGUGCCCAUAGAGAUUGGGUUUUCGACAUGUGUUGGCUAGAUGACGAGUUCCUAGUUUCUGGAUCUAGAGACACUAAAAUGGCUUUAUGGCGUAUAGAUAACGAUCUUGCCGAGGCACCCGACAAAGCAGAUGUCCCUACACACAGAUUGAUUCAACCAGUGUGCGUCAAGGAAUGCAAAUCGGCACAAAAAGUACGGGCCCUUGCUUUUAAUCGAACAUACAAAGAAAUUGCUGCGCUUACUUCGAAUAGCUUUAUACACAUCUGGUCCGCUGAAACAUUUAGACAAAAGAUAUCUAGAAAAUUACCGGCUUGUCAAGAGAACGUUUGUCUCGCUGUACAAGAUGACGGCGUUUACGCGGUUGGAUGCCGAUCUUAUACUUUACUUUUAGACGCAAGAACUCUGCAACCAAUAAAAAAAAUACCGUCGCGGUACAGUGGUUGCGGAAUUCGAUCAGCCAGUUUUCAAGGUUCUGUUUUAACAAUUGGAACAGGUUUAGGAAUGUUAAUGUUUUACGAUGUUAGAGCUCAAAAGUAUCUUGAGUCUUCGAUUAAUUCUAAUAGAACUGUUGUACUGAAAGUUUCAAAGGGUUACGUGCUUCCAGAUGAAGAAUAUAUUGAUGGAUUCCAAAAUUCGAAGUAUACACCUGCUAUAUAUACUCAUUGCUAUGACGGAUCAGGAACACGGUUGUUCACAGCAGGUGGACCUCUUCCCGUUAAUUUUUAUGGUAACUAUGCAGGAUUAUGGCAAUAAAAUUAAUCGUAAUCAAGUAAAGAAUAGCAUCGAUUUUUAUGUAAGUAAUUAUAAGUUGUACAUUUACAUGAACAUUAACCGAGAUUUUAUCUGAAGAGGUAUAUAUGGUGUUGUCGCUAUAAAAGCAAAACCCAUGCUUGGGGGAAUCCUCUCGGAGCCAGCAAUGCGAUUAAUUUAACACGCUGAGGGGUCAAUAAAUCUUUUAUUGUUGAUUUUUUAUUAGGGAAAAUGUUAUUAUCGUACUUGUCACAUUUGUUUAAUUAAAAUGAGACUAAUCAAUUAUUUAGUAGACAAUAAUAUUUAAUAAAUUUUAAACGCGAAAAAAGAUAAUGCAUAAAAGAGACGCAGCGUUGAGCUAUGCAAAUACGACAUAAUUUUAAUCAUGCUUACGCAUUUAUCUUUCUCUUAUUAAAUAAGUAAAUAUGAUGAAAUUUACAAACAUUACAAAUACGGUGGUAAAUAGUUUUAUAAAGAAAGAAUCGAAUUAAAAAAAACAAUGAAAUUGUACUAAUUGUUAUGAGCAAUAAGGUGGCUUUUAAAUUUCUUUUUUUCUCCUUCACUCGUUGUUCUUUUCUACGAACGGGUCUCAAAGGUUUCGUUUUUAUCGCGACAAUACUUUACACCCAAUCGCAUACUUCUCUAAAAUGUUUUCUUCUUUCUCUUGUAUUUUUAUACUUCUCACAUAAUAUCGUCUUUUACCUAUUAAUUUUAUUUUGUACAGAAUUGACUAACUACUUAGCUUGAUGUUUAAUCCGCAACUGUGCAAGUCAUAUGCAUCUAUUUAAAUCCUGAAUCUACAUAAGAAUAAAUAUUAUUCUCUAACAAACUGGCAAAAUUUAAUAUAAUUUUGGAAUUGUAUUAGAUAAAAAAUAUGCAACGUAUUAUUUAAUAGUUUUGGCAAGUGUGGUACUUUUAAAAACAUUCGGAAAUGUGAUGCUAUUGAUAUCGAAAGUUUGAUGCAGAGUACCAUUCUGUGAGUAAGGCACAUUUGGAAGACGCGAUUUCAAGCUAAGUACGUAAAAAUGUAUUAUUCUACUUGGACAGUAAAUUAAAAAAAAAUUUGAUAUAUAUAUGCAGUUCAAGCGGUUUUAUAUUUCACGAGUAGAUAAAAAAGUAGAAAUUAAUAAUAGGAAAAAUUAAGUUUUAAGGUGUAUAUACCUCGAUUGUCUCAAAGUAUAAACAAAAGAAAUUACAAUAAUUGUAUUCAUUCAAUCAUCAUUUCAAUCAUACGUGCAACCCCAAAGGUAAUUUUCAUUUUAUAGUUUAAUUUUACUAAGGAUGCAUUAGUCUAUUUAUAAAUUAGUAUAAUAGAAAACAAAAUUUUAAUUCUAUAUUUAAACUAUGUACUUGGUAAACAAUUUUAUGAUUUUUACAUCACCAGCUUAUAAAAUCUAGGUAAUUUUAUUAAUUGUUUAACAUAAAAUUGUGCACUAGUACUAGCUAUUAUAUACGAAAUUUAACGAACUAUUAAUUGAGGAUCUCUCCUAGAAUAUAAUAAAAAUAACUUUUAAAGGGAAAAGUUAUUUUACAAAUUGUGACCAUUAAUUUGAAUCUUUAUAUUAUCUGCAUACAGUGUGGUUUUAAAGUGAUUUUUAGAUUCUGCGUUGUACAUCUACAGCUGUCUAACAGAACUACAAAUUUAUAGAAGUAAUCAACGAAUAAUACUGCAAUGAACAUUAAGUUUUAUCAAAUACAAUUUAUGAAGUUGAAAUUUUAAUACUGGCCUUA